UUCUUGAAUGUGACUUUGUUUUGAGUUUUGAUUGUGAACGUAUUGAUGACCAAAUAAAUUUAUUAACUACUAGAUAUUGUUAACAAAUGUACGAUAUUUGUAAAACAAAGACACUAUUUCUAACAAACACAUUUUUGUACUAAGAUUUCUAUUAAUUGCAAGAUUGUGGUGAUAUGAUGAUUAAUUCAAUCGUGGCAAACGCUCUUCGUCUAGCAACAAAAAAUGUAUGGAAUUUACCGGUGUGGCCUUCAAUAAGUAUAAAGUGUGCAAAGCCACAAACAAUUUGCGUAGCGACUAGGUUUUAUUCUACCGACGAUACAAACAAUAAAAAAAUGGUGGAUCCCAAGCGGGUAGUCAGCUAUGAAGAUGUCAUGAAAAACUUAAACAAACCUGAGAAAGUAAUAAUAGAUGUCCGUAACCCUGAUGAAGUAAACAGCACUGGAAAGAUUCCUUCAAGUAUUAAUAUACCAUUGGGAAGUGUACAGGAUGUGCUCUCCAUGUCAGAUGAACAGUUCAGGCAGAAUUAUCAGCGCAAUAAGCCAGCUUGUGAUGAUGAGUUGAUCUUCUAUUGUCGCUCUGGAAAAAGGUCUACUGAAGCUUUAGAUAAGGCUCUCAAACUUGGCUUUUCAAACUCCAAAACUUAUCUUGGAAGUUGGGAUGACUGGUCAAGCAGACAGAAGUAGGACAAUAUUCUUUGCACAUAAUAAUAUGGGUUUUUAUAACAAUGGUAUGUCUUAGGUGUUGGAAUUCUACAUAUAUGUUUUUAUUUAUGAUUUCCUAUAAAUUAUAAUAUACAGUAUUAAAACUUAA